CAACUCCACUGUGGCACAGAGUAGUUGUGGUAUUUUGUAUUGUAUUGUAUUUGGUGUUUUGACUUUCCCAUUCCCAAACCAAACCCCUCCAAGUCUCCAAACAAACAAAACAAUAGCUAUCUUCCAACCCAAGUUGUCAAAUGUUCCUCUUUUCUCUAAUUCUCCAAUGGGCAACCACCAAGGUGUCAUCAUUUCUUCUCUCCUCCUUUAAUGGUUUUGCUUUGCUUCCUUUUUCUUAAAAAAAAUCAAUUUUUUUUCUCUCUCUCUUUCUCUCUCCAAAGUCUUACCUUCCUUUCUUCUAGUUCUCUUGUUGAGCACAAGCUUAUGCUUGGUAGGUUGUGCCGUUGAGGGGGAUGGACCCUAAACUCCACUGAAGUUUGAUGGUAAGAACCAAAGGGGUCUCUUUACCUCUUUCAGUGCUUCCCCUUUGUCCCCAAUUUCACGCUGUCUCGCAUUUAGGUUUUCCCCUCUUUAGACUCAGCAGAUAAGAUUUAGGGCAUUUGCUUUGAUUUGACUUGAUUCUUGGCAAUUUUCGAUGGGGAGCUUCUCAUCCUCCACAUGGGUCUCCUUGAUCACUCUAUGUGAUUGAUUUUGUUCCUCCACCGCUUGCUCGUUGUUGGAGAGAACAUGCUUCAAAUUUCCUUCUUUUAAGUUUAAUUGAACUAGGAAGUAGGAACAGAAGAGCUUUGUGGGACUGGAUUCUCUCGAAUCUCGUGUUGGGUAUGGCGUUUGAAGGAUAAAGACUCGAUUUUUGGCGGUGCUGGUUGUGGAGUUAUCUUUGUUGGAGGAGGUGGAUUUGAAGCACAGAAAGAUGGACAGAGUUAUUCAACCUCCUUUGGUUGAUACAACUGCAUGUUUAUGCAGAGUAGAUACAGGCCUAAAAACUGUUGCUGGAGCAAAGAAGUAUGUCCCUGGAACAAAGCUCUGUCUUCGACCGGACAUUAAACCAUCCAUUCACCCAACAAGAAACAAGCCAGCACGAGGUGACAGAAGCCGCAAUCAAUCCCCACUACUUCCAGGACUCCCUGAUGAUCUGGCUAUUGCUUGCCUAAUCCGAGUCCCGCGAUUUGAACACCGUAAACUUCGGCUUGUCUGCAAAAGAUGGUAUCGUCUUUUGGUUGGUAACUUCUUUUACUCUCUCCGCAAGAGUCUUGUAAUUGCAGAAGAGUGGAUAUAUGUCAUUAAGAGAGACCGAGAUGGGAAAAUCUCAUGGCAUGCCUUUGAUCCUGUGUACCAACUGUGGCAGCCCCUGCCACCUGUUCCUAAGGAAUACUCUGGAGCUCUUGGUUUUGGAUGUGCUGUUCUCAAUGGCUGUCACCUGUACUUGUUUGGUGGGAAGGACCCACUAAAGGGGUCCAUGAGACGUGUCAUCUUUUAUAGUGCUAGGACAAAUAAAUGGCACCGUGCCCCGGAUAUGCUUCGUAGGCGGCACUUUUUUGGCUCCUGUGUCAUAAACAAUUGUCUGUAUGUGGCUGGUGGGGAGAAUGAGGGUGUGCACCGGUCCUUGAGAUCAGCUGAAGUGUAUGAUCCCAACAAGAAUAGAUGGUCAUUUAUUUCAGAUAUGAGCACUGCAAUGGUGCCUUUCAUAGGAGUUGUCUAUGAUGGGAAGUGGUUCCUGAAGGGACUCGGUUCUCAUCGGCAGGUUCUGAGUGAGGUCUACCAGCCAGAGAAUGAUAGCUGGUACCCUAUUUAUGAUGGAAUGGUUUCUGGCUGGAGGAACCCUAGCACUACCCUCAAUGGAAAGCUCUACGCCUUAGACUGCAAGGAUGGCUGCAAAAUUAGGGUUUAUGAUGAGGUCACUGAUUCAUGGAGCAAGCAUAUUGACAGUAAAAUGCAUUUGGGGAGCUCGCGGGCUUUGGAGGCUGCUGCGCUUGUCCCCCUGAAUGGGAAACUCUGCAUCAUCCGGAAUAAUAUGAGCAUUUCUCUGGUUGAUGUUUCAAAACUUGAAGAUUUGAGAGGAUCUUCUGCUGAGCAGUUAUGGGAAACUAUUGCUGGGAAAGGACAGUUCAAGACCUUGGUCACAAAUUUGUGGUCUAGCCUUGCUGGGAGAAGCCGACUCAAAAGUCACAUAGUUCACUGUCAGGUUCUUCAGGCUUAAAGUUCUAAAGAAUCUAUGAUGAGCUUUGGUCAUGAGUUGCAGUAUCUCAUCAAAUCUUGCAAGAACACUAUGGUGCAGUCUAUUGUUGCUUUCCAUCUCAAACCCUUGGCAUCGUGCUCAUCACAAGAGGUGAAACAUAGAUGAGAUGUUUUACUGAUCAUAUAGUGUUACAGAUAUUGAUACAUAGUGGUUACAUUUUGAAAAUUUGAGUAGGCUGCUUACCAUAUAAUGGUUUAUCAUUAGCUUUUCUUGUGUUGCUGCAACCGAUGUAUGACUAGUUUGUUGGACGGGGGAGAAGAAUAAUACUUCGUGUCAGUUUGGUUUUCCUAUAAAAUUGAGGGUGAAAAAUUCAAGAAUUAUUUUUGAAAAUAAUUUUUCUCAUAAAAACUAAUCUAUGAAUUUUUCACCCUCAUUUUCUGUAGUGACACACCCAACUGGCUAUGAACUCUUAAUAUUAUAUACAACUCUUUGCUUACAUAUUUAUAUAUGAGCACAAGUAGAAUCAAGUUUACGGUUGAAAAAAUUUAGGGUUUCCUUCAGCUUGUACUAUGGUGAAACACUGCUAGUCUGUUAGUGUUUGGGUUAAAGUUUGCACCCUCAAGCCUGCUUUGAGUGUGCAAACAUAACAUAUUCUUAGUUUAAAGCUAUAAAGCAUGGUUUUUAGUUUAA